AUGCCCUUCACAGAAUCUGCAGUCGAUGGUCCAAGGCCCCUGGGGAGCAUGGUGGAGGGGAAGAACAAGCGAUGCCCCACAGGUCUGCGAAUGCCUAAAAUACUUACAGUCUGGACCUUGACUGAAAAUACCCCAAGGCAGCGGCGCUACCGCAUCACGUUCACCAGCUGGAGGAACUGGAGCCUUCCAGAAGACGCACUACUCGACGUCUUCACCAGGGAGGAACUGGCCAUGAGGCUGGACUUGACUGAGGCCAGAGUCCAGGUGUGGUUCCAGAACCGGCGGGCCAAGUGGCGCAAGCGGGAGAAGGCAGGGGCUCAGACCCACCCUCCUGGGCUGCCCUUCCCGGGACCACUGUCGGCCACACACCCGCUCAGCCCCUACCUGGACACCAGCCCCUUCUCCCCGCACCACUCGGCGCUCGACUCGGCUUGGACUGCCGCCUUCGCCGCCGCCUCCCGGCUCGGCCAGCCUGCCGCCCAAAAGACAAAAGCUAGUGCUUCUGAAAUGAUGCACGCGUUUGUGGUGAAGAAGAGCAACAGCCUGAAAGGUGAGGAAGACCCACCCCAGAUCCUGGGGUCUGUGGGAGAUGAGAGACAUGGUGUAGUAGGAUCUGCCUUGAAAAUAACGCCUUCCUAG